AUCGAACAAGUCCAGCCUCACGACGUGCCAUCGGCUCGCGCAUCGUCCAUCAAUCGACGCCUGCAAUUGUCGCGCUACAAACCCCGGCUCGCCGGUUGGACUCUACGCGUCAGGCCUGCAUUUAGGUUCGCGGCGGCUGCCAGAGCGUCGCGCUGCACAGCGCAGUCCAUCGCGGCAUCAUGGCUCCAGGAACGAGACGCGCCAAUCGCGGCGGCUAUACCGAGCAUGAUGAUUUCGAAGGCCUCCCCGUCCGACAAUGGCGACAGGAGUGGGUGAGCAUCGCGCCGCCUCCUCAGCAGGAACUCCAGCAGCAAAACGACGUUUGGUCGCUGGAGCUCAUCCACGGCAUGCCCAAGGACUCCAACCUGCUGCCGCCGCACAGCCAGGAGCUGCUGCGCGCCGCGCGCUCGGGCCGCCUGUACAAGCGCCCAGCGCCCGUCGAGACCGAGGACGACGACGCCGAUGCCGACCCCGACGCCGUGCCUGCCGAGAAAGCCGAGAAGAAGGAGGAGGAGGCGCAGUCUCAGGGCUUCUCCAUCAAGCUCUGGAAGCAGACGCCGCGUAAUGUGGAGGCGCCAGCCGUGUCGCACCUCGCUAAGCGUAGGAAGGGCACGGUAACGAUUGCCAGCAAGACAGUCGAGGACAGAUACACCGGCCCGACGGUGACUCGCGCCACGGUCCGGCGCCUCGACGCCGCGGGCAAUCCCUACACCGAGGAGGUCACGCUCGCCGAGGGACAUCACGUCGACGGCGAGAUCAUCUCUACACGAGAAGUGGCUGCUGCCACUGGUGGUGACGCGCUGGCUCCGGCCCCGCCACCACAGAGGAGGAGGCCGCCACCUCCUAAGAGGAAGGCCAAAGCCGGCCCCGGGCGAGGGAAAAAGAAGAUCAAGAAUCCUCUGCCUGGCGAGGGGCCGACUAGCGCGCCCGCUCCUCCGGUCGAUGGUGCUGUGGCAGCAAUCAAGACCGAGAGCCAGGGAGAAAAUGGAACCACCUCGACCGAUGCAAACACUCCCAAGGAGGACAGCGAGAUGGCCGAUGGCGAUGAGGACGACGAUGAUGAUGACGGCGACGAAGGAGAAGAAGUCGAGGAGGGCGAGGAGGGAGAGGGCCAGGACCAGGAACAGCAGCCUGCUCCUCCUCACCGCGACCAGGAUCACGAGAUGCCUGAUGCCGCCAUCUCGAUAGACCCACCAUCUGAAGGUCUCUCGUCCGACAAAGAGCCUGCCCCGAAGGAGCCCACACCGCCAAACCCACUCACCUUGGCACCGCUUUUCGGCAGUCUUGCUGCCGGGUCGCCCAGACAAGAGGGAAGUCCACUCAAGAACGUCACCCUGCUGUCGCCCACGGAGCCGUCCGAACCCCAAGACCUGCAACUGCUAUCCGCGGAGCCCACGCAGGCAACCGACGGCGAAACAGUAAUUGGAUCGACGGUCGCGGAACCGCCCUCGACCAUUGUCGGCGAAGAGCCGCAAGAGGCGACCGAGCGGGAUGUGCCGGCCGUCGAGCCCUUGCCCACAGAGCCCUUGACUGCCGCUAGCCCUCCGAAAGAACAAUCGCCCAUCCAGCAGGCCGUCAAAGAUGAGACGGCAAACGACGAAGCCCUGCUGCCGCCACCCCCCGAGCAAGUUGGCAACAUCGAUUCGCCGAAGCCCGACGAGGGAAGGUCGGAUGAAGACAAGAGCCGCGAGGGCGAAGGUUAUAGUGGGGCACAACGCCCACCGCUGAGCCAGUUUGACUCCGCCAUGACUGAAGACACCAUCAAACCAGACGACUCUGCGUCUGUGCGAUAUCCCCAGACCGAGUCCGGUGCUCCGUCCGAGGUUGGGACUGUUUCGGUCGAGGGCAGCAAGGAGGCGAACCCACCCGUAGCGGAGCCUUCGCCCCCCACGCCGAAGCCGGCCUCGCCGCAGGAGGAGCAACCGCAGGAGGACCAGCCGCAGGACCCGGACCAGCCGCCACAAUCGGCGACAGAUGAUAAGGCCGACCUGCUCGGCGGAUUGAUGGGCGAGCUGGACCGGCAGGCCGCUGAGGUCGAGAAGCCCGUCGAGCCGGCCGCAGAGCCAGCGUCGCCGCCCAAGGAACCCAGCCCUCAGCAGCCCGCCCCGCAAGAGCCUAGCCCUCAGCCUGAAGCGGCCCCGGAGCCCGUCCCCGAGCCCCCAGCAACGGAGGCGGAGCCUGCCUGGGAAGCUGCCCUGGAGGCAGCCCCGGAGCAGCCGGCCGAGCAGCCCUCGCCGCCAAAGGACAUCAUCAAGGAGGAGUCGACGCCGAAUCCGACCCCGGACGACAACACCAAACCGCCAGAGGAGGACAGCGCCGGCGCCGAGCCCAAGGACGAGGCCAUGCCAGAUGCUCCGGCCGCCGAGGUAGCUCCUCCCGCUGAGGCAGCUCCUCCUGCUGAGCCAUCGCCGCCAGUCGCGGACAUCGUCGAGGAGCCGCCUGCUGAGAUCAAGGACGAGCAGGACUAGGAGCUGUGAUGGGCAGCUGUGCUCACAGAUCCUAUGACAUACCGGGCCAAGAACCCCUUCCUUGCAAGGCCCCAGCGAAGACGUAAAGUUUCGACUCUAGGGAACUCAGCGUAUACUUGAUAGUCCCAAAGCGCUUGACGGGGACUCAGGCGCAGCGUUGGUGUUUGUUUGUAUAACAGGCAACUCGAUACAGGGACACGUGGAGACGUGUGUUUAUAUGUCGAUUUUACAAUGAGCUUGGAAAGCAGUUGAGAAUAUAGUUUUGGAAUAUCGCUACUUGAAACGCCCAAAGGCCCUGCGUAUGCUCGCGCCCGGAACACGCCGCGUCGUAACUAUUGUACCUUUCCUUCGUUUCUUACGCUGACACCGUCGUGCCGUUUCCCUGUCUGUGCAAGCCCCUUUUUCUCCGGUCCAUCAACUCCCUCUCCAUGUUCAGCCUCGCCACGCG